AUGCCUGCCGUGCGACCAGGAGACUUCCUCUGUGAGUCAACGAGAGUCAACGGGAGUCAACGGGAACGAUUACGGCCUGCUGCAUAUGACUGCCCCCUCCCAACCGCCGCUUCACCUUAUGCCGUUGCAAACACCCCUCUUCCACAUUCCUUCCCCCAUCCCCUUCUUUCCGGCCUCCCUUCCUCCCGUGCUUUCCGUACUGUUUCCACUCCCCCCCGCUUCACCCCACCCCUCCCAUCACUCCUGCUCCCCCCAACUUCCUAUUUCAUCUCCCCCGCUUCCCUCCUCUCCUUUCUCCCUGCCACCCUCUCAACCCCCACCCUUCCAUGCCCCCUGCUUCCGUCAUCCCUUACCCUGCUUCAUAUCCCACUCUCCCAAACCCCUCAUUUUUCAUCCCCAACCAAAAACUCCACACUUAUACACCCGUCUUCCACAUUCCCUCUCCCCCUCCGUCUUCCCCCAUCCCCCCCACUUGCGGUUUUCGAUGCCCCCCUUUCCCCCAACCCCUCCAUCACUCGUACUCCCCCGCUCUCCCCCCCCCUCCCUUCCCUCUCCCUGACUCCCCCCCCUCCCCUCACCCUUCCAUAUCCCCCACUCUCUUCUCCCUCACCCUCUUUCCAAAACCCCUUCUUUCCAGUGUUCCGCUGGUUCGGCCAGAUGCGAGACGUACAGCAGUUCCCGGACAAGCAGGCGUUUGACAGCUGCGAUUUUUCCAGAGCAGACCCGGUCGGGCCGAGGCGGUUCUUAGAUUCGCCCCACUCCUCUUCUCCCUGCUCCGUUUCCCUUCCACCACCUCCCUCCCUCCCUCCCCCUCUCCCGUCCCCGCUUCCCCUCUACCUCCCUCCGUUACCCCACUUUACUCGCCCUCCCGCCAACCCUGGUUUCCAUUCCCCUCUUCCCGCUGCCCCCCGCCACCCCCCUUUCCCACCUCCCCUCCCCACCCCCAACCCCUCUUCCCCCUCCUCCUUCCCCCUCCCCUCUCCCCUCCCCCGGGGCCCCCCGACUCCUCCGCGCUCCCCACGUCACGCGCUCCAGGCUGGCGGGGCUGACGUCAUCACGGUAGUGUCGGCGGGGGAAGGGGCGGAGGAGGAGGAGGAUGAGUCUUUGCAACGACUGAGAGCGCUGCGACAGGUUGUGGGGGGAGUGGGGUUGGAGGGGAUGGUGGGAGAUGGCCUGGUGGAGGACUCACCUCGUUCAGCCACAGCCGCCAGCCGAGAAGAGCAGAUGGCAGCACAUGCGCAGAGAAUAGCCGUGGCAGUGCGUGAUUUGAAAUCUCAAGGCGCCACGUCAGCCGCUGUGCUGGGGGGGUACGAGCAGUGGCAUGCUGACGUGGCGGGGAGGGUGUGCGGUAACCAGCAGGAGCUGAUGAGUCGCAUGGAGGCAGUAGAGGCACUGGCAGGGAAGGUGUAUAAGCGCAUGAACUGGACCAGCAGUGUCGUGAAGAGCAACCUGCAGCACCUGAGGGCAGGAGCUGGUGAGUCGCGUGGAGGCAGUAGAGGCUCUGGCAGGGGAGGUGUACAAACGGAUGAACUGGACGAGCAGCGUUGUGAAGAGCAGCUUGCAGCACCUGAGAGCAGCUAUGAGGGGCUCUGUGAGGAGCUGGAAGCGGCAGGGCUGGAGUUUGAUUGCGAGAUGGAAGAGAUUCGCAGAAUUGAUGGGCAUGCGGCUGCUGAGGAUGAUGUUGAAGCGAGGGAGUCUGGUGGAGCCCUCGCCAGUAAUGGCCGGGUUCCUGCAAUGCAACCCUGGGAGCGGGAGAGUGAACCAAUAGAAACCUUCCUCGCCGCUUUGCACCACAUAUCCCCCUCCGUCCUUGCCUUUCCACAUCCCCCACAGCCGCUGCCAGUGAUGGUCGGGUUCCUGCAGGGCAACCCAGUGAGCCACUGGAGUGGGGGAGUGAACCUGUGGAAGCCGCCUGCUGUCAAGCCAGGGGACAUUCUUGUCUUCCAGUGGUUCGCCGAGACGCACGACGUGCAGCGCUUCAAGAAUAUCUUUGCCUUCAAGGCCUGUGCCUUCCUCAACGCCGUGCCGCUCACCUCCGCCUCGCAGUUCGGCAUGCGGCUCUUUCAAGUCAAGCCCGCCCAUGCCGGCAAGACGCUCUUCUUUGGAAGCAGUGUGGGCAAGGACUGCCAGCGAGGCGUCAAGAUCGCCAUUCCUCAAUACCCGCGAGCUGCUGCAAGCGGUACCAUUAUGGUGGCAACCGACGCUCUCCCUCCACCACUCGCGCCUCCACUUCUAGAUAGUCACCCAAAUCAUCUCAUCCUCAUCAUCGCUCGCAGAGCUACUCUCGAGAAUCCAUUGCUACUCUCGCAGUUAAACAUGGCCACUCUUCGCUCCGUGUUCAUCCUCGCGUUGGUCCUCGCCUCGCUCCCCGCACUCUACGCCGCGGCUGCGCCAAAGCAGCGGGGCGACGUCACUGGUGGGGGAAGCGCGGCCGUGGACGCGGCGGCGAGGUGGGGCCGCAAGCUGCUGGAAGCGAGCAGCGGUGCGCACGUGGACCACGUGGGUGCCGCGGAGGAGGAGGAGGUGGGGGAGGCCACGGACGGGCUGGACGAGGCGGUGAGAGUGCUGCUGAGCUCGGAGCAGAUGAAGAAGUUCAAAGAGAUUCUUCACAAGUUGAAGAAGAAUGAGCAGAUGGUGAAUAAGAAUGAGCAGAUGGUGAACAAGAAUGGGCGGAUCAAGGGAAACGGGCAGUCUGUUAUCACAGAGAUGAUAAAGAAGUUUCAGGAAAUGAUGAAGAAGAAGGAGCAGAGGAAGAAAAAGUACCCGCACAAGACGGUCAAGGCGGGAGGCAUUGCGAAUUAG